AUGUCCUUCCUGCGUCGCAUAAUAACAAAAAUUAGUGGAACACCCACGAAAAUGGUGUUGGUAGUGCGGGCUGAUCUGAAAUUGAGCAAAGGCAAGACGGGGUCGCAAUGCGCGCAUGCCGCCGUCAUUUGUUACCAUCGCACCCUGGAUCGUCAUCCGGACCUUUGCUCCACGUGGUUCGCUCAGGGACAGCCCAAAAUAGUGUUAAAAGUAGAUUCGUUGACGGAGCUGAAGGAGUUACAGAAAGCCGCAAAGGCACAAGGCAUCGUUGCCGAAGCGGUUCGCGAUGCAGGUCGCACCGAAAUCGAAGCCGGAACAACAACUGUGCUUGGAAUCGGGCCCGAUGAUAAAGAAAAAAUUGACUCAAUUGUCAAGCAUUUAAAAUUGCUCUAGUCACUCCUCCGCAUUAACGUCAAAUAAACAAAAACAUAUUUUAAAAAAAAUCUUUUUUUU